CACCAUGUGUUUGGGUGUAUAACCUGUAAAAAGAGUGCGCCCGCCUGCCUUUUGGAGCAAGAAAAAAAAAGUGAUAGGUAUUAACUACUUUCAAGUAUUUCAAAGCCAAGUGUCAAAAUGAGAUUGAAAAAAGGCAAAAGAAUUGAAAAAAUGGCCAAGCAGCACGUAGCAAGAAAAAAGAAAAAGAAGAAUUUGGCCGACGUGACGACGGACGACUUUUUCGAGCAGGACUUUGAAAAUAUGGACCUCAGCGAUGACGAGGAGGUCGAUGAUGCUGAAGAUGAAGAAGAAGAAUCCGAAAAUGUGCAGUCUAAAGACAAAAAGAAGCAGCUUGUGAAAAAAGUGAAAAAGUCAAAGAUCAAUGCUGAAAGUAAACAGGACGAGUCGAUGGAAGUAGAUCAAAAGCCAUCAACGUCGGCAAAGAAACCUGACGAGAAUAAAAAAACUAAAAAGCCAGUCAAAAGAGCCAAAACAAAACCAGAUACAGAAGUCGAUUCUGACAGCAGUGACCCAGAGGAUGACGCAGUAGCACACAGAAAGUCCCUUAUGAAUUUGAAAGAAACAGAUCCAGAAUUUUUCAAUUACCUAAAACAGAACGAUGCGAAGCUCCUCGAUUUCAAUGCCGACGAUGAUGUGGCCUCAUCGGCAGAUGAAAGUGAAUCGAGGCAUAUUCCAACAAUCGAAGACUUGGAGAUAGCCAGCGAUGAGUCAGAUUUUGAACCAGAUGAUGCCGAAAAGACAGAUCAUUCGGGAUCCACGAUUAAGGUGACAUUGCAGUUGAUCAAGACCUGGCAGCAAGAAAUACAAACAGAUAAAUCUGUCAAAACUAUUAAAAACGUGGUCGAAGCAUUUCACGCUGCUUUGGAAACUGUGAGUGACGUCGAGAUUCAAACUACAAAGUACAGGGUUGAAGGAGGUGCAAUUUUCAAUGGCAUUGUUCAACUAUGUGUCAUGCAGUUAUCAGAAGCUCUUAAACAGUUCUUGAAGGUUGGCGACAAGCCUAAGUUUGAAGCACACAAACUCAAGAGGUUUCCAAAAGUUAAGAGUGUCAUCAAGUCCUAUUUAGUCGAUCUUACCAAAAUUCUUGAAAGCAUUUCAUCAGCCAAUAUCGUUACAACGCUGCUAAAACACCUGCAUCAAAUGCUACCUUUUUCCCUCUCAUUUUCUUCGCUACGUAAACCACUCUUACGUAUUUUAAUAAAGUAUUGGUCCACCGGUGAAGAGGAAGUCAUAAGAGUUGUAGCUUUCCUGUGUAUUGUAAAAAUAUCACUGACCAACAGUGCGAUUUUCAACAGUUUGCUCAAAACAAUGUACAUGAAAUACGUCGAGAAUGCAAGGUUCGUUUCGCCCAACACUUUAGCUGGGAUCAAUUUCAUGCGUCGUUCCCUCGUAGAGUUGUAUCUGCUAAACACCGAUUAUUCCUACACCCACGCCUUUAUGUAUGUUCGUCAGCUAGCUAUUCACUUGAGGAACGCCUUGACGUUAAAGAAAAAGGAACACUUUCAAACGGUAUAUAACUGGCAGUACAUCAAUUCGUUGUGGUUCUGGUCAGAACUGAUUGCCUUAUCCAAAAGCGAGUCGUUACUGCGUAAUUUGCUCUACCCUCUCGUUCAAAUCACCAUUGGAGUGGUUAAUUUGAUACCAACCAUGCAAUACUAUCCUUUGAGAUUCCAUUGCGUUAAAAUGCUCAUCAAUAUGUCACGAGAAACAGGAGUGUUCAUUCCAUCCAUACCACUUGUGAUAGAGUUGUUGGACAAGUACGAUUUCAACAAGAGGCAUAAAGCUGUUGCCAUGAAACCACUGUCUCUCAUGUGCAUGUUGAGGGUGUCCAAAAGUCAGUCGCGAGAAAACGUGUACAAGGACGCUCUGAUAGAAAACAUAUAUGAAAUUACACUGGAAAAUGCAGCGAAAGACAGCUCUGCAAUAUAUUUCCCAGACCAGUACGUUUUCGCAGUUUUAGAGUUGAAAGGAUUCCUUAAAAAGUGUAAAGUAGCAAACUAUUGUCGCAAAAUGAAGCAGCUGCUCGAGAAGAUCGAGGAGAAUCGCAAGUUCAUCAUAACCGAGCGCUCGAAGCGCACCUUCGAUCUGUUCAAUUUGAAGGAGAUCGAUGCCUGGGAGAGCGAGAUCAAAGCGAAGGGCACCCCGCUGAACAAAUUUUACGAGGCGUGGCUCAAGGUGCACGAGGUGCAAAAGAUGAAAAUGUUGACGCAGAACGACGAGAUCGCCGCGGAGAUGCACGUGCCGCCCGCCAAGAAACCGAAGCGCGGAAAGCCGAGACCGAGCGACAGCGACGAGGACAGCGAUCUAGAGAUUCCGGUCGAGGAGAUGGAAAAGAGGCUGAAAAAAUCGGCGGCCAAGAAGGCCAAGAAAACGCCGCAGAAGUCGAAGAAUCAGGUCGAGAGCGAGGACAACGACGACGACGUUAUGGACGUUGUGCAGGACAUCAAGGACUGGGACUGAGUUCUUCGCACCCAAAAGCUCGUCCUAGCUUUGUACGGGCUGGAGAACGUAUGCCGUCUGAGCUGUAAAUUUGAAUGUUCAUAUACAUUUGGCAAUGUACACCGUUUGCUGCGGUCACAACAACCGUCAGCCCAUUUUUUUCCAUUUCUCCUACUCUAUCAUUCGUAUUUUUAUGCUCCCGUUCAUCAGCUGAGCGCAAAUGUAC